AUGAAAAGAAAAAAGGGUUCAAUUACCCCACCAAGGGCUACUAUCCAAAGAUGCAGCAAUAAAUCAAAAUGUCAACAACUUUGCCCUUACUUUGAUAAUCUUCCAUCUCACUUAACUACCCACAUUCUUCUUCAACUUCCCAUUAAGUCUCUUCUCAUGUGUAGAUGUGUGUGCAAAACUUGGAAUACACUUAUUUCAGAACCACAUUUUGCUAAAUUGCAAUUUGAGCGAGCACCAGUUAGUUUCGUGAUUCGAAAUUUAGACAAUAUAGGAGUGUCAAGAAACCUAUACCUUCUUGAGUGCGAAGCUGAAAAGUUUGAGAUUGGAAGCAACAAUCAUGUGAAGCUUGACCCUAUAUUCGAGCUUCCUCUUUGUAAUGACAUAUCAUCUAGGGACAAAAAUGACGCCAAAUUAUAUAAGGUGAUAAAAAAUAAAUCCAAGGAACGUUAUAUUACUUGCACCUCAAGUAGGGACAAGUUUGGCAUUGUGAAUUCUUGCAAUGGCUUGCUUUGUUUAUCUGAAACAUCUAUCGGAAGCCCUUUAGUGAUUUGCAACCCAGUAACGAGGGAAUUCACAAUACUUCCUGAACUUACUACGACUUCUGACUGGUUUAACAGUGCUCGGGUACAAGCUGGUUUUAGUUUCCAACCCAAAACUAAUGAAUAUAAGGUGAUCAUAAUAUGGAACAAAUAUGUUAGACGAGACAAUCGUUUGGUGUUUGAGCGUGUAGUGCUCGAGAUACACACGCUCGGAACACCAUCAUGGAGAAAUGUUGAAGUGGAUCCUCAAAUUUCUUUUUUGAAGCUUUUGAAUCCAACAUGUGUGAAUGGCGCACUUCAUUGGAUUAUAUUUGAAGCUUGGCAACAAAAGUCAAUAUUGUGUUUCAAUUUUGAAAGUGAGAGGUUGCAGUCGUUUCCUUCUCCUCCACAUGUGUUUGGAAAUCAUGAUAAUGGAUUUCCCCAUAGCAUGCCUAUUAGAUUGGGAGAAUUGAAGGGAUUUCUUUACAUUUGUCAUAGAUCGUCUCUCGAGAAUGUUACAAUGUGGGUUAUGAAUGAAUAUGGCAUUGGAGAAUCAUGGACUAUUGUUUACAACAUUGAUACUUCGCUCUUGUACAUUCCGGGCACUUGUGUGGGCUAUCCUUAUCCGUGGCGUUGUAGUUUUUAUUGGCUGUCUAAACACCACGAACCUGAGAAACAUGGGUUCAAAGUUUUUCGAAUUCAAGGGACAACAGAAGUUGAAGUAAUUGAAUAUAUUCAAAGUCUAAUAUCAUUGAACGAUGUCGUGAAAGGAGACAAUGUUGAAGCGUUGAACACCCACUCAUGGUGGGAAAACGAUAUUACAUGUGGAGAAAAUGAAGUUCUUUCCAUAUAUCAACAUAUUGUUUGAGACUUGGAAAGUACACGUUCUUCACCUGCAC